UGAAGAGUCAGAAGGAAGAAAAAUUAGAGAGCGAUGAGUUAUCAUGAGCAGCAACCUCCUCCUGUUGGGGUUCCUCCUCCUCAAGGAUAUCCUCCGGGAGCAUAUCCACCACCAUCAUGUCCUCCUCUACAUGACUAUCCAGCACAAGGACAUCCCCAACUCAAUUCUCCUUAUCCCCCACAAGAAUAUCCCCAUGGCUACUCCCCUUAUCCUCCACAAGGGUAUCCCUAUCCCUACCAAGGUUAUCCUCCACAAGGAUAUCCACCCCCACACUAUCCUCGUGCAGACUCACAAAAUCAGUGUACCUACGUUGUAGUUCAAUCUCAACAACAGCAGCCACAACAACAGCUUACUUAUUGGGAAAGCUGUUUGGCUCUCAUUUGUUGUUGCUGCCUUUGGAACCUUGGACUUGGAUGCUUAUACUGAAGAGGUUGAAUGGUAUCAUUUUAAUAAAUAUGGAAACAUUUGUGUAAUAUCAAGUUGGUCCCAUAUAUCAAAGCAUUUGCACAUUGUGUUAUGUAUAGAUACAAUAAUAUUAGAUGCAAUUUGACAAACUGGGACUUUUAAAUUGA